GUGCUGAGUGCCUUGGCUCUUCCCCUACGGUUCAUCCGCCUCUCUAGGCCCUCUAAUAGAACACUAAAACCCCGUCGCGGCCUCUGCGCCGCUGUCCGACUGAGUGUGUCGGUUCCAAUGUCACCGCGAUUUCGCCGGCUGUUUCCGCUGCGCUUGUUUGUGCGAACCCUAUUCCCUUCGCAGGCCCCUCAGACCCAUCCCGAUCCCUUCUACCUCUUCUCCUCCCCCUCCCCGCACGCUCCCUCUGUCCCUUCUCCGUGCAACCUCGUCCGCGCUCUCUCUUCUCAGGUUACCGGACGUUCCGACACCAGCAGAAGGAGCCGAACCCCUCGCGUUCCAGGCGUCGAGCCUUCAGCAAUUUCCCACCUCAUUGCGUCGAUCGCAGGCGGUUCGGAUGAUUUGGAAUCGCAAUUACACCUGCUGAAUCUGACCCCUUCCCACGCCCUGGUUCUGGAGGUUCUCCGCGCGUCGAACGAUCGUGCUGUCUCGGCGUUGCGCUUCUUCCGCUGGGUUUUGGCUUCUCACCCUGACUUUCGUCCUAAUUCUGAGGCUUAUAAUCAGAUGGUAUGCAAUCUCGGUCUCGUUGAUGAUUACGACAGCAUGCAUUGUAUGUUAGUCCAGCUCUCCUCCAUGGGGCAUUCUCUAACCGAAGAGGCUUUCUCCUUCCUGUCGCGUCGAGGCACUGUUGGUGUUAAAGAGUCUGCCAAAAGAAUCGCAGAGCUUCUAAAUAAAGUUGGGGGAUCUUGUCGAGGGACGGGAAUCUUUUCCUUGAUUAAGUUUCUCUGUUCCAUGAAUGCCUUUGAUACGGCUAUUUUCGUUAUGUCAGAGACAGCCAGAAGGACUAGUUAUUACAAUGUGCUCAUUGCUGCAAAAUGCAGGAGACGUGAUUUUGAAGGUGCUCGAGGUUUGUUUGAUGAAAUGCGCAGGUAUGAUAAAGUUGCAAUGUCAUUUAUACUAAAGGCGAGCAUUCUCUUCUUAUAGAAUCUUCAAGUGAUGCUACUUGAGAGAUGGAAGUG